AUGGACCCCAACUUUCUCAAAAACCUCGACUACUUUGCUGUCCCCAACAACCAGACGACAAACUCGGCCGAGCAGACUGCCGAGUCAUCCGCCACAGGUGCUGCCAGAAAUGCGCCGGAUAACUCCUUGUGGGAGUCCUUAGGCGGCGACCCUGCAAACUCUGAGUCGACGUCCAAUGGCCCCUCUGGUUCGUUGCCUUCCUUUGCUCAGGCAUCGCCUGCCAGCACGAAUUUUGGGCUCGGCUCCAUGCCAACUCAAAUGCAGUUCAACCAUGGUGGUCAACAAAGAAAUUCAGGCUUACCGAGCCGCGCUGCACCGAACCAAGAUCCCCGGCGGAGAGAUGGCCAUGCACGGAAACGGACCAAGGUCGACUCGGAGGCUGCUGCAUUGGAAUCGGUCGACUACUGGAUCCAAUUCGACGAUGAUGAGGAACAGAAGCUUGGUGGAAGCUUUGAGAUCGACUUUUCAAGGCGUAGCAACCCUACCCCGAAUUACCGGCCUAGGCCCGCUGCGAAUCGCCUGAACCCCAUGUCGACUACACCUGGCCUGGGUGCCGGUUUAUACACCAACCCUGUGUUCAAACCAGAGGACUUCAUGGAUGACGCUGCGCUCGACAAUGCCCUUUCUGAUGAUGAGGACUUUUUGGAAUCAAUGAACCUCGGCGACCAGCUCGGGAAGAUUGAUUCUCAGCCGCCUCAGGAAGUACCACCUAGGGAGGGCCUUUACUCGACGCCCUUGAGCUGGGAAAAGCCCGCGCCUGGGCUAAGGAUGAACCCCCUUUUUGGAAUGGGGGGAAUGGGUCCCAUGGGUGCGCCUAUGCUUGACCCCGAACAGCGACGCUUGCUAGCAAUAGCGCUCAACACGGGGCGAUCUUCAACCAGUCUGGGAUCCGGUAUGGGGUUUGGUGUCGGAGCAGAUCUUGGUCCAGAAUUUGCGAGCUUGGAGAACUUCGAUGCCACUAUGGCGUCAGGCAGUAUGAACGACCCGGCCAACGACCUCGAGCAAUCGGCUCCUCACAAGGGCAAGCAAAAGGAAAAGGCCCCCAUCAAGGAGGAGCCCGGCACCCAGAGGCCGCAAGUAUCGCGGAGCACCACCAAUGCCACUGGCGUAUCCGAAAAGUCGAAAGACAAAGUUAAGGCUGGUGAUCGAACGGCACACAACGACAUUGAGAGGAAGUACCGUACCAAUCUCAAAGACAGAAUCUCGGAGCUGCGCGACGCGGUGCCGUCUCUGAGGUCAAUACCCGAGGAAGGAGGUGGUGAGGAUGCUGAGGUUGACAGCCAAUCGCAGCGCGGUCCCAAAGUUAGCAAGGGCACCGUCCUCACGAAGGCGACUGAAUAUAUACACUAUCUAGAACGAAGGAACAAGGCCAUUAUGCGUGAGCACCAGGAACUCGCGAGGCGCCUGCAGGCCUUUGAGCAGCUCUUGAGCGCACAGGCUCGGCAGCCCUUCCCCAUGCCGAACUACAGCAGGACGCUGUUCGACCCAAGAGGUUUCUGUUAG